AUGCAGCCCACUCAGGACAAUGAAAGCAAUCCGAAUGAUCGGCCAGGGACUCCACCGCGCCCGCCUUAUUCCCCAGUAACUCCGGUCUUCGCUCAUCUUGCCCCAGUCCAUAACGCCUCCACGUCCAACGGCGCGCCAUCACAUCCCAUUGUACCCCCGGCCUCGUCACCGUCGCCAACAAGUCGCGCUGGCGGCGCAACCGCCUCGCUUCCUACGACACCGGCCGUCUUCGCGCCGGAGCCUGUUGCCGUGCCGAUCUCGGAAAGCGAGAACCCCGAUGCGAUCGCGUUGCGGUCCACCAUCUCGAUUCUACAGCUUCAGAAGCAGCAAAGUCUGCGCGAUAUACGGACACUGGAGAGGCUGAAGCAAGCGGCGGCGGCCGAUCCCGAGGGGUUUGCGCGCGAACUGGCGGCGGGGAAUCUGACGGCGAAAGACCCCGGGGGUUUCGUGAAUUUCACGCAUGAUGAGGAGGACGAGGGUGAUGAGAUAGGGGUUUCGAAGGAAGGAGGCGCGUCGGGUCUGGGGACCUUACCUACACCGCAGAAUGUAGUACGCAUGCCACCGAUCAACUGGAACAAGUAUCAGAUCGUGGGCGAGCCGCUGGACAGGAUGCACGAGGAUCAACGACGACGUCCGUCUCCCGGGGAGCCUAGACGAGAGGAACCUGCACAACGGGCACCGGAGCAUGUUCUCGCAUCACCAUAUCGACCGCUAGUAGAUAAGCUAGAAAGCCCGGACAAAGUAAAAGGAGCCAGCAGGAACAAGAAAACAUAA